AUGUCUGAUUGGUUGAAUGAAAAUGCAUUUGCAGAUAGCAACAGCAAUGACGAUUUUUUGAAUUCCAUUUUUGAUCAGAGCCAAGGAGAGCAACAAGCUCCACAGGUUGCGCAGGUUUCUACAUCAAUGUCAAACCCACCACUUCAAUCACAAUCAGCCCUGUCUACUUCAAGAAUCUCACAAGCACACACUCCAAUGUACCAACAGUCUCCUGUUACUGCUCACACUAUACCGCAAAACAGUCCUCAAAGUAUGCCGAAUCAAGUAGCACAGCCUCAACAACAAAUACCACCACCCCCUCUGCAACACUUACAACAGACAACCGCCCAAAUGCUUCCUCAACAGCAACAGCAACAGCAACAGCAACAACAGCAGCAACAAAAACAAGAGCAGCUAUACAGAAUGAAGCAACAGAUUUACCAACAGCAGAUGCUAAAAAAGCAGCAAGAAAACAUGUCUCGUCAGCCUUCUCCCAUGAAUUCAGCUGGGCAUAACACACAACAAAAUACGCCAAUCACCCAGAAUGCAAAAACACCUCAAAAUAAUUCAAAAUUGCAAUCAAUGCAAAUGGAAUUGUUUUUUUCUGUUUUGUAUGACUUUUUGCAGCGGAGCGGGAUCUCCAUUCCCCAAUCAUUAGCUAUCAAUGGUAAGAGAGUCAAUUUGUUCAUUUUGUAUAUCUUGAGUCAAAGAUUGGGUGGAUACAGGGUCAUGAAGGCUUUUCUACUUAUGUCACCAGAGCAGCAGCGUAUGCAGCAACAGAAUCCUUGGGCACUAAUGGCCGACAAAAUGGGGUUUCAUGAUAAAGGGGAGGACCCCAUGGCCAAAGAAAGAAUUGCUAGAGAACUUUGCAAUUGCUAUAGUAACUUUAUUUUACCAUAUGAAGAGUAUUAUGCCACACCUGAAGGGAAUAAGGAUAUUGAAGCUAGCAAACAUAGAUUCCAACAGCAAAUUGUUCAGAAAUAUCUGUCCAAUGUCCCCACACCGGCUCCUAAUCAACAAAGUCCAAUGAUAAGUAGCGCUCCAACACCACACCAACAAAGGAAGUUAUCUCGUACUAGCAACUCGGUGAAUAACUCACCAAAUGUCAGCUCUCCUUUCCAUAACACCCCUCGACAAGUUCCAGCACCAGCACCGGCACCGGUACAAACGGCCGCGUCUAUGCCUCCGCCAACACCUGUUACAGCCAAAUCUCAAACAACAAAAGCAGAUGCCCAUAUUUUGAAAAAUUAUACUCCUUUCAAAAAGAUUGUAGAAACGCAUGGUCCAUUCAAUAUCAAAGAGCUCUCGCAAUUGUCUACUGAAAUCGAGGUGACAAAACCAGUUUAUCUUUUUGCUCCAGAAUUAGGAAUUAUCAACCUCCAGGCUUUGACAAUGUCAGUAAAAAGCAAUAGUGGGAUCCAAAGCUCAGAAGUUGUGAACGCCCUUAACACAUUGUUGGUUGCUACAUCAGACGUUAAUUAUGCUUUUCAAAUAAAGGAUAUCAUGGAGUUAUUAGACGCAUUAUCUUCUUUGGGGAAGGAUGUUUUGAACAAAAUUGUAGGAGUCAACACAGAAGAGGAUUGCGUGAAUGCUGAUGUGACAAAAUUGUCUGCCAAUGGUCGGAUUGAUGAUAUUUUUAAUCGUUAUGUUAAAGGACAAGGCGAAGAUAUACUGUAUGUGGUUAAUUCGCUUACAGGGGAAGUUGUUUCUGACGAUGAGGAUAUCGAGGAACUUUUUUCAGUAUGUGAUGACGGGAAUCUGGAAUCUCCUAUUGACAAGCUGACUGAUCUGUUAGAUGUGCUUGAGUUUCAUUUGGAUGAUUAUCUUACAGCAUUGAAGAAUUUCAAAUCUGAAAACAAACACCAUUUUAGCAAACUUCAAACACGAAGUGCCACGGAUGAUCAAAUAUUGUUAGUCGAUGAAUUGAUAACUAUAACAAUGAUCUUGAGAAAUAUUUCUUUUGCUGAAUAUAAUAAAGAACCUAUGGCAGGAAAUCGUCUUUUCAAGGAUUUAUUGUUUUCAACUGUCAAAAGCGUUGCUUUAAACAAUGACAAAUUUGUGUUUAGCCGCAAACGGUUAUGUUUACUCAAGGAUUGUCUUUUAAUGCUAGACAAUAUUUCUUUGUUUACUCAUUUGCAUACUUUAGAGGAAGCAUUUUUAUCAUUUGUUUUAGUAGCAUCCUUUGGACCUAAGAUUGAAGAUCAAUACAAGAUCCCACGAUGCAAUAUUGAAACCCAUUCGUAUUUUGCCUUUGGUCUUGAUGCCUUCACCAAGUUGAUGGUCAGAGAGCCAUACAAUAGAUCAUUAAUUCAGGCAGUUUUGAAUGGAACUUUGAAUUCCAGUAUGACAGGAUAUUCUGUCAGUUUACAGGAUCAAGAGUACACAAGAAAGUUAAUCAAGGCUUACAACAAAGAUUAUAAGUCUGCAUCACUUUUGAGUCAAGCUUUCCAGAUGUAUAUGAGUAUAUUGCCUUUCGAUGCCAACACAUUUGAAUUGUCAAAAUUCAUCUUCAUGAGGAGUCCAACAAUUUCACAGAUGUUAUUUGGGGCCAAAUUGUUAAUAGACAUGGUUCCAGUUGAUGAUUUGAACACACAUCAUAACAAGUUGUCUCUUUAUUGGCUAUUGGAAAACCGGGAGUUAUUAUUGGGUAAUUUUGCCAGGAUAGUCGUUGCUUUAUCUACAGAAACUGGAAAAUUCCCACGCGAAUCGCCUGAGCACAAGGUUUUGUCGCUGGUAUUACGCAAGGCCCUCGUUGUUAUCAAUUCAUUGGUCGACAAUGCAGUUUUGGCUAAGGAAAUAGGAGACCUGCGACACACCGACUUGAUGGAGAGUUUGACAGAUUGUUUGGCUUUCCCAAGAAUAAUACCCGAUGCCAUUUUGACAUUGGACACGUUUUUGGCACCUACCAUUGAUACCAAUUUAGGUAAAGAAGUUGUCAGACUACUUAGGUAUUUGAAGGAUUUAAAGGCUUGUGAGGGGAUCUAG